AUUUCAUCAAAUCUGGUCAUCGUUUGAUCUGGAUUUUUUCUUUCUUUUGAUUGCUGGUCAAGCUUUUCUUUUACCUGUGUGUGUGCUAUAUUUGAAAGUUUCAUGUAAAAAAGUGAAUAAUUUUCGACGAAAAUUAACGAUGAAAAUCCUAAUAGUUUUCAUUGGUAUAGUGCUUGUUGUCAAUGGUCAAGAGAAUUCUUUUUCAGUGAAACAAACGAAUUCCAUUGAUCAUCAUAAUGAUGAUGAUAAACAACAUCGAUCCAAUAUUAUCAUGGAUAAAUCACCAUCAAGUGUUGAUGGUAAAAAUCAUGAAGACAUCGAUGAUGAUGAAGAAGACGAGGAUGACGACGAAGAAGAAUCAAUAUCCAGCCAUGUUUUAUCAAUAUCAUAUGAAAUGGAAUUAUUACGUUCGAAAAUAUUUCGUGAAUUUUCAACUAUUAACCGACGACAACAACAACAACAACAUGAUGAUCAUCAUAAAUAUGAUGGUUAUCAAGAAAUUUUCAAACAAAUUACCAAACCAUUAAAUGGUUUAUUGAGAAUUUUAAUUAAACUACAAUAUGAUCUAUCUGAACAAUGUGAAUGGUCAUUAAUUGAAUGGUUAAAUUCAUUAAAUGAACAACAAUUAUGGGCAUUUCAAAUGUUUGAUUCAAAUGGUUUUAUACCGAAUUCUGGAUUGUUAUCCGGACCAUUAUCAAAUUUUGGUUCAUAUGAUCAAUGUUUAGCAAUUGAUACGGGUAAAAUUCGUGGACAAUAUUGUAUGAUUGAAACCAGAUUAUCACGAUCAUCAUCAAUGAUGAACAAACAACAAAAAUCUGAAUUAAUAGAUUCUUCAUUAAAUCAAUCAAAUGAAACAAUUUGGAUGAAUUUGGAAAAAAAUCAACGAUUAUUACCAGCAGCACGUUGGUAUAUUAGUCUUUGUAUUCCAUCACAAUGUACAUCGAAAGACAUUCAAUAUUUGAUUGAUGAUCGAAAAUUAUUGGCCAAAGUUAAAAAUUGUCAUCAUUCAGGUGAUGAUAAUGAUGGUGAUUCCAUUCGACAAUCAAUAUUCAUUACCAGUUUUGCCAUUGUAAUCAUCAUUUUGAUUAUCAUUGAUCGACGAUAUUUUCGACAAAAUGCUACGAGCAAUCAACAAAAUGAUCGAAUUGAAUCAAUUAUCGAUUCAAUUCGUUUGAUUAAUAUUAUUCUAAUCAUUUAUUGGCAUACUUAUAUAUUUACAUGGAAAUCAUCAAUACGUUUAUCAUUAAAAUUAUUUGAAAUUUUCAAUAAAUUAUCACCAAUACAAUUAAUGUUAAUUGGUUGGCCAUUAAUGGAAUCGAUGCUGUUUCUGGAAUCAUUGCGUUUAUCAUAUCGAUUGUUUCGUUCAUCUAAUAAAAAUUCUCGAAUAAAUUUUCAACAAUUUUUUUAUCAUUUUAUAAAAAGAUGGUUAAAUUUAGCUACGUUAUUAAUCAUAAUGUUUACAAUAAUUCCUUCGAUUUCAAAUGGACCACAAUCAUUUUUAUCAACGGAUCAACUGAAUGAAUGUCGUAAUGAAUGGUGGCAAAUAUUAUUAUUUAUAAUGAAUUUAAAUCCACAAAAUAAAUGUUUAUCGCAUUUAUGGAUUUUUGUUGUUGAAUUUCAACUAUUUUUACUUAUCAUACCGUUUAUAUAUUUGAUUCAACGAAUAAAAUUAUCAUCCAAAAUUAUAAUCAGUAUUGUUUCGAUUACAAUGAUUACAACAUGUACAAUAAUAUCAUCAUUUUAUUAUCAAUAUAAUGAAAAUAUUCAACAAAUGAUUCUUGGUACGAUGCAUUCGGAAUUGGAUUUUCAGGAAAAUCUUUUCUCAUUAAAUAUUUCACCAUUAUUUUAUCUUUGUCCAUAUCUAUUUGGAAUACUAUUUGGUUAUUGGUUAACAAUGAAUACUGGUGAUGAUGAUUCGAAUGAUAAUAAAUGGCCAAAUCUUUCGCGAAGAAUUAAAAUUUCAAUGGCAAUCAUAUUGAUUAUGAGCAUAUCGAUUUCAUUUGUCAUAAUUUUCAAUCAAUCAUUACAUUGGAAACCAUUUGCAGCAAGUAUUAUACUUGGUUUUUAUCGUUUUAUUUGGUCAAUAUGGUUAAUUAUUUUGAUCAUUUUUCUCGGCAAUUCAAAUGUAAUUGGAAAAUUUUUUCCAUCAAAAUCCAAUAUAUUUCAAUGGUUAAAAUCAUUAUCGAUUCAAUCAUAUCUAAUACAUUAUCUAGUGAUUAUGGUACGUGAUUCAAAACGUCGUCAAUCAAUUGUAUUCAAUCAUUGGAAAAUGUUUGAAGAAUUUUUACUUAAUCUUCUAAUAAGUUUAUUAUUAGCAUCGAUAAUCAGAUAUUCAUUCACCAAACCAUUAAAUCGAACCGUGAAAUUUGUUUGGAAAAAAUUAUCGAAAACAAUCACCAAGGAAAAUAAAUCCAUUCCAGUAAAAUCAAAAUGUUCAUCAAUAAAUUCAUCAUUAUCCGGAUCAUAUCAAGAAGUAACAAAUAUUGAUGAUAAUGAUACAAAUGGUGAUAUCAUUAUUACAAAUGGAACUGCCAACCAAAUUACAAAACAUCAUCCAUCGACAUGUACAACAAUUGAAUUAACAUCAUUAUUAUCAUCGCCAUCACCGCCAUCAUCAGAUUCGAAUGGAAAAAUGUGUUAGGAAACUCAGGAUUUGUACA